CAUCACAGGCGCCAGCGCGGUAGAGUAGGAGAGUAAACGAAAAGAGAAAAGGAGCAAUAGUGCAAUCGGUGACGCCACUGGUGAGUGUGGUGACAGUAAGCGGCCGCUCGUCGAUCGGAGCGGAGGUUAGCGUCGCACCUGUGUUACGUCACAAAGUGUUUUGCUUCGGUGCACCUCCCUGUCACCUUUGCGAGGGAACAGCAGUGUGUCACAGCAAACGGAACAGAACGACGUCGCGAAAAUGGGCGAGAAGACUGAGCACAUCGUAAUGACGCCCAAGUGCAAGACUGCGAACUCUACGACGCUGAUAAUCGAAAGGCAGGCUCUGGAGCCCCCAACGGAGAACGGGAACGAGAACAACGUUCACAUCGCCGGCGGGGAUCACAAAGGAAUCGUUAUCAACAAGCAGGCUGUAGCCGUAACAAACGGCGAGGGUCAGCCUGCCCAACUGUGCCUGCAAUUCAGAGUGUUCCUGGUAAGUGCGCAAACAGGAAAGCACACACAGGAACAAAGGACCCUUCAGUUUUGGUUUGUUGAUGCACUUGCUGGGGCAGAACAGCCGAGUGUUGCGCAAGAAUUUUUUAGAGAGCUGGUUACACCACAGGAGUUUCCUAGAGAUUAUGUGGGAUUUAUUAAAAAGAUAAUGAAAUUGAUGCAACAUAAAUAUCCCAGUAUUAAAAAGCUGGAGGUAGAAUUGAGACAACUGGAAGAGCCAAUUACUCUUCCAAGCAGGCCUUCUACUGGUCACUUACUAUUCACACUUCCUCCCUCUGAGAAAGUUAUGUGGAGAUCAGUAUCUACAGACGAAACCAUUAUGGGUCAAGUGAUUGAGUUAACAGUAGAAAAAGUUUUGGAACUUAUUGAGUCUGCCUAUCCGAAUCCAGUUACUGUAGUUGAUAUGGCGAGGGAACAUGGAUGGGAGCCAUCAGCUGUGGAGGCUAAAUUAAAUGAGCUUCAAGAGAAGGGACUUGUUAAAGCAAUGGAUCAUGGAGCUUACACACGUGUUGUCCAUGAAGAUACUCAUAUUCAAGUGGUGAAGCAGAUGCCAACGGUGGCGAAACAACCCACUAUAGCUAUUAUAACAGCUCAAUACUGUGAAAAACUUGCUGUGGAUUCAUUGAUUGAGAAUAAGGAAACCUUUGUCCGCUACACCACUGUUGGUACCGCAAGCUCACCAGACACGAUAGACGGGGUUCCGCGAGUGAUAUGCCGUUUUGGAGAAUCAAAUGUAUAUACUUUGGGCAAUAUCGGUACACAUAGGAUUGUGUGCACUAAAUUGCCAACUGUGGGACACACCAGGGAAGCAAUGACCGCAGCUGGCAACACUACCACUAGAUUGUUAGGUACAUUCCAAAAAGUGGAUUUCGUCUUUCUUGUCGGAGUUGGUGGUGGUGUCCCUCAUUAUACAGAUUAUAAUAAACACGUGCGGCUGGGUGAUAUAGUGAUAUCGCAUCCGACGCCGCUCAAUAAGAAAUAUGCGUAUAUUUAUUGUGAAAGUGCUAAGAUGAACGAAAAUGGGAGCUAUCAUUUUGAAACCAAAGAAUAUUGUCCUCCAAAUCUUGGUCUUCAAGAAAUUGCAGCCAAUCUCAAGAAACAAGCUGAAAACGAAGCAUUUCCGCCAUGGCAAACGUAUAUGAAAGAAGGUCUGCAAAAUCUGGUCAAUCAAUCGGAACACGAUUUUAACGCACCACCACCAGAAUCUGACAAGCUGUACAUGGCGAUUGGAGAAAGGGAUGUCAUCGAAGUAUCUCAUCCAAUCGCACCUCAAGAUUCUAUAAAUAAAAGAAUUGAUGGAUCCUCGCGAAUUCAUUUAGCGCCUGUAGCAUCCGGUCGACAAGUUGCACGAGAUGAUCAACUUAGGCAAAAGUUUGCCACCCGAUUCGGCGCGCUUGCAUUUGACGCCGAAAUGGAUGCAGUCGUAGAGAGCAUUUUGGGUAAUUGUCGCGAGAAUUUCGUUGUAAUCCGCGGGAUUGCCGAUUACAAAGAUGGUACUCGAAUUAAAGAAUGGCAGCCUUAUGCAGCGUUGGCGGCAGCCAGUGUAAUGAAAGCUAUAAUCUGUGCUAUGGAUCCACCUACUAAUGACUAAUGUCAUUUCUCAUCUAGUUUUUUGACUUAAUUUUACGUUACCUAUAAGGUAACGCGCAUAAGUUUACGUAGGACAAAGGAUGAGGUUUAAAAUCAAAGCAGCAAGUAAGCAUAUAUAUUGCACAAAAUGCAUAAAAAUGAUCAAGUAAUUUUAGUAGGUUUUUUAUUAAAUUAAUAUUUAAAGAUGAAAAAAGCAAAAGUUGCAAAAUACUUUAUCUUAUAGAAUAAUCAAUACGUCACGCUCAAAUCUUACAACUUUUUUCAGUGCCAUUUUUACAAACUUAUUUAACAAUAUUUGUUAAAAGGUGUUUUUAUCCAUUACUGUUGAAAUCAAGACGGUCAAGUACUUGAGAAUAUCAAGAAAAAUAUUUGACCGUUAUUGGUUAUCAGUUUUCUUACUUAAAUUUUAUUUGAAUUUUUUAUGCGUCAAAGCUCGAAGAAACAAUAGUGCCAUUAUUAUUUCCUAUAAUUGUCGCAUAAUAUGUUGCGAUCUUUGCAACGAGACGAUUUUUUCUUUGCAAAAAUAAAUUUACGUACAUUCGUGUUAGACGUAUGUUCACACAUACAGAAGGGUAUUAUGUGUUACGAACACAUAUAUAUGUUCGACUUUGAACACCAAACAAUCAGAGGCAACAAAGACUAAUGACGCUUUAAUGGAUUAUUCUCUAGAUAGGUAAUGAAUUUAAUAGUGACUCUGUCUAACUUAAUCUAAUAGCGCUACUGUUCAAUCGUACUUGCUAUGAUUAGGAAUGAUUAGAUGUUGCACCAGGUCCAAACAAGAUACCAGUUAGGCAAGUUACUUUAGGCAACUGUUCUAGUAAUAAAUACGAUAGACGCAACCGAAACUGAAAGUACAUUUGACAGUAUUUAGAUCAGACCGAAGUGAAAUGUCGUUACAGUAUAUUGCUGGAGUAAUUAUUAAAUGUUUACCAGAGUAUAUAUUGACGUUUUCAACAGAUAUAUAUGCAUUCUAUAUUCACACAGUAUACACACAGUAUCUACGGAGGAUCAAUGAACAAAAUGCAUUUUUCUGAAGUUUUUCUCGAUUACAUGCGUCGAAAUGCGCAACAAAGAUUUCUACUACAAUGUGCCAACGUGUUCAUAUUUAUUAAAUUCACUGCCCUUUUAAAAUCCGGAUAAUAUCUUCGCUAAUAAUUUUCGAGACGAGUUUUCUGUAUCUCUAUAUAAAAUCUCAUUGAUAUACCAAUUCUUUCGAUAAUUAAGGCAUUCUAUAUUUACAGGGUAGUGUACAAAAAAUUAAUAUCUAAAUAUCAAAUUUAAAUAUGGACCUAAAAAGACAGAAAAGUAUACAUACAUGCAUACAUACAUACAUACAUACAUACAUAUAUAUAUAUAUAUAUAUAUAUAUAUAUAUAUGUAUAUAUAUAUGUAUAUAUAUAUAUAUAUAUAUAUAUAUAUAUAUAUGUACGUGUUAAUGAUGAAAGAGAAUGUAAAAUUUUAGCAAAAGUCAAAUUACAAAAAAUACGAUUAAUUCUAACUAUCUAAUUCAAAUAUCUUGAAGCAUACAUAAGACAAAUUAUUUAUAUUUAUAACAAAUAGACCAACUCGUAUAUGUUAAUAAUAAAUUAAAAUAAAUAAUAGGCCGAAUUAACAAGCGAAUUUACAAUUUUAAUAGAUCUUGAAAUUUUUUACAAUAAUAUAUAAAUAUUAUUAAAUCAUGGAACAUGUUUCAAUCUUACUUGAUCCUUUUCAAACUGCCUAAUACAAUAACAAUCGAAUUCAUAUGAUAAAGCUGAUAUUACAUACUUAAACCGUUAGGCGCUCAAGACACAAACUAUAAUCGCCUUUUUGAAUGAUAACCAAAUAACUCGAGUGUCGUUACGUAAAGAUGUGGUCAAUAACGUUAUCUAGAUCUUCCUAAAUGUUUUGUCAAUUCAUAUGGUCUGAGUUCCAUGUUUUUAUGUUAAGAUAUGAUGUAACCAUCACCGGCGUCACUCAAAGUCAUUUAUUUAAAAAAUUCCAGGCAUUGGUACUUAUGUCCAUCAAUAAAUGUCAUAAUUAAUUGUAAUGAUGUAAAUUAUAACGUUGUACAACCGUUUAACUCGCUUUUCGCUGUUAAACUGUUUAACAGCGAAAAGCAAGUUGCACGGUUCUUAUCAAUUCGGCGUACGACGUUAUAAUUUACCGUGAUUAAUAUUUAUAUAUUAUUGUAACAAACUUCAAGAUGUAUUAACGUUGUAAAUUUGCUCGUUAAUUCGGCCUAUUAUUCAUUUUAAUUUAUUUAUAUUUAUUUAUUUUAUUUUUUCCCAGAUUCUCUCUAUGAGUUUCUUUCUUUUAGCAAAUAGUUUAAUUCCAAGUGUAAUCUAUUUGCCGUAUACGAGAAUCUAAAGACUUUAUUGAUACACAUAAAAUUUAUUUAAAAAAAUUAUUUUAUUUACACGUGUGUAACAAAAAAAAUCAACAUUAAAUGGUAAAGAAACCUAAAAUCAACACAAACGACAAAAGUCACUUGUUGUCAUUAGAAGCACACAUUUGAAAUUCUAUCAAACAUAGAAAAUGAUUAUAUGUACACAUAUAUGGAUAUAUAAAUAUAGAAUUUAUAUAUAUAUAAAAUAUAAAAUAUAUAAAAUAAUAUAUAUAUAAUAUAUAUAUUUAAAUCGGGAUGUGCGCGCGAAUUUAUAUAAUGGAAUUUUAGAUUGAUUUAUCUGUAAUGACAGAUUCCUAUUUUAGGCCUAAUAUUAGUUGUACGUUAUGAAAUUCCUUUGUCAUAUCAGUCGAAACUUAGGAGCUUCGAGCUUCCAAUUGCGCAUUUGUAUUUGCGUUAUUAUUACGCGCUUUCAAUACUAGUCGCAUAACUGUGUUUUCUACCUGUAUUUAUAUUUGCUACUUAUUAGAUUAUGAUAGAUAGCUAAUACAUAACGUGUGAGUUAUUUCACGUGAUUACUUAGUUUAUAUUUCAUAAGGAGGGAUAUCAUUUCUGUCAAUGUCAAACUUGAAUGUUUACUUGAUGAAUAGCAUAAAUUAUUAUUUGAUAUUUCAAAUUA